AUGGAUGUCAGAGUACAUGAAAUGAAACAAUUGGAAUCGGUCUAUAUUUUUUGGCCCUUGGAAACAGCCUAUGGUCAUGCGAAGGAUAAUUGGAACUACUCAAAACUUCGAGGUUUUUCUCCCACCAAAUCUUCACUAUUAAAAACUCUUACAAAUGAUUUGAAGUUACACAUUAAUAGUAAUUCAGUACCGAUGAGUAUAUUAAAUGACGAAAAAUCAAUGCGAUGUCUAGUAGAAGAAAAUGCUACAUUUGUCUGGUAUCAAUUACUAUUCGAUAAUUUACUUUAUAUGAAAGAAAAAAAUGAAAAUGCUCAAACGGAAAUGAUUGAAGAAUGUCGAUCUAAUUGCAAAGAUAAUCAAACGGAAUUAGAAAAAAUCAAUGAAUUUGAAGAAUGGUAUGCACCAUCACAGGCCAUUUUUUGGUAUACACGUGACUGUUUCUUAUAUCGGCUACUCAAUAAAGUUUUUCGAACACAAGAUUUCGACAUGAUAUUUAAAUAUAGAUGUUUUAUCAAAGAUCUUCAUAAACAAAUCUCUGAAUUGCAUAGUUUGGCUUCAGAUGAACAUACGAUUUUAACCGUCUGUCGAGGACAAACAAUAGAUGCUGGUGAACUUGAAAGAUUAAAAGAAAAUCAAGGUGGAUUAAUAUCAAUGAACACAUUUCUGUCGACGACAAUGGAUAAAGAUGUUGCUCUGAUUUAUGACGAAAUGGUUCCGACCAGGAAAUCUUGUUUUCGUAUUGAAGCAGUCGGUAAACUAACUGAACAAGUUUGGGUUAUAACACUGUCACUGGUUGAAGAAGAAGACGAGCUGCUCAACUAUUAUAAGACAAAAUUUUCGUCCGAACCAUCAAUUCUAACUUUAGCAUUUCGUUUUGUCCAUAUGGAACAGUACGAAAACGCUACUAAAUACGCGAAUAUCGCACAAGGAAAUAACAACAUUAGCUUCACAUUUAUGGAUAAUAAUGAAUUUCCUGUUAAUGAAAAACCUGAUUUGACGAUUUAUGGUGAACCUGGCGACGAAUAUCUCUAUAAAGCAGACCAUUAUGCGAAACAAAACGAUUUCGCAACAGCAUUAGAAUAUUUCGAAAAAGCACUGGAAAUUCAACGGUCAUGUUUGACAUGGAAUGACCCUAAAGUAUUGAUAACCCAUCGUGAUAUAGCUAGCAUGCUAUGUAACUUAGGAAAGCAUGAAAAGGUUUAUUACAUUUUAAAAUACGUUCUUCAGACUCAAUCCGAAAUAUUACCAGCUUAUCAUCCACAACUGGCACUCACUCAUUGUUCUCUUGGAAUCCUUUUUCAAAAUGUACUUGAUUUUUAUAACGCGCUGUCUUAUUACAAAAAAGCACUUGAGAUUGGUUUGCAAUCGUUGCCACCAACACAUCCAAAAUUAGAAUUAUAUCGAGAACGUGUUUCGGAAAUGACAGCUUUUGUUCAAUGCAUAAGUUUUGUCUUUGGACCAAGACCGCUAAACACAUUAGCUGAAAACUCAUCAACGCCAGAUAAUGAGAACGGUGCAGAAAUAUUGAAUUUAGCCAUAAAAUGGAACUACUUACAAAUGUAUAAAAUGAAUGGAGAAGAUUUAGAAGAAUUAUCAUCUGAUACAAUUGGCUGUACCAUAUGUAAAUUUAAAAGAGAUGGUAUUUCAUUAUAUUCAAACCAUGAUUUUAAUUCAUUAAAAUCAUCGGUUUGGAAUUUAUCAACUGUUGAUAGACCAUCCAUGAAAGGAAUGGCAAAACCAACAAAAGAAUUAGAAUUAGAAUCAUAUUCUACUUUUCGUAUUAUUUUCGUGCAGUCUUCAGGUAAGAAUACAUGUUUACAAUUUAUUUCAUCAAGAUAUUUUUUCAUUUCACUAAAACGAAAUUUACCUUCGUCAAUGGCUGAUGUUAUUAGACCAUUUUCAAUUGUGGAGAUGGAUGGUAUACUACCAUACAAAUUUAAACGGAUGAAAUUGUAUGCAUUACGUCCAGCGAUAGCAAAAACAGCACGAGCAAAGCGACGAAUACAUUACAUACACACUUAA